ACUACAACUCCCACGGGGCAGCGGGACGCCGCUCCCGCACCGACCGUGUAGGCCGGCCACCUCGCGGCGGGUAGGGGCUGCCGCCGCGGGGGCGGGGCGCAGAGAUGGCGGACGUGGUCGUGGGCAAGGAGAAGUGCGGGGAGCAGCGGCUGGUGUCGCUGCCCCUGUCCCGCAUCCGGGUCAUCAUGAAGAGCUCCCCCGAGGUGUCCAGCAUCAACCAGGAGGCGCUGGUGCUCACAGCCAAGGCCACGGAACUCUUUGUUCAAUAUCUCGCCACCUAUUCCUACAGACAUGGCAGUGGAAAAGAAAAGAAAGCACUCACUUACAGUGAUUUAUCAGAUACCGCAGAGGAAUCGGAAACGUUUCAGUUUCUUGCAGAUAUAUUACCAAAGAAGAUUUUAGCUAGUAAGUAUCUGAAAACACUUAAGGAGAAGAGGGAAGAGGAGGAGGAGGAGGAGAAUGACAACGACGAUGAGAGUGAUGACGACGAAGCGGAAUCCUAAACCAAGAAGAAGCGCUUUAGAGAUGAGCCUGGAGAGGACCCUCACGGAUCAGCACCUUUGCUCUGGAGCAGGCGUGAGUCUGUUCACUCUUCAGAGACUUCACGUACAUGACGUUCUUUCCUGGCUGAGACCAAGCGUAAUGCACCUCUGCCAUAAAUAGCCAAAAGGAAAGGAACCCAGACAGCAGCUUCUCUUCCCCAGGCCCCCCACUGCAGCUGGAGUGGGAGAGGACCACGAAAGGGCUGCGUACCGUGAGACACGGCCAGUCUGCAGGUGUAAGCUAUAGAGGCAAAGACAACUUUGCUUAACUUUCUAGUUUACAGAUAGAUUUUGAAGAACGUCUGGAUAUCAGUUGUGUAAAUUCACAUAUGUAUGUUUUGAAAUUAGUUCUUGUGAACAGCUAGAUCCUGUUUUAGCUAAAUGUGUAGACUCUGGGUAGUAUGUUACAUUUGAAUUUUCGUAUUUGAAGAAAAUUUCUGGCUUUGUAUAUGUCCAAAUACUGCAUUUUUUUUUUUAACUGUAAAGAAAUAAAUUUUUCUUUUUUAAAAGCUGUAUAUAUUUUUAUAGUGAAAUGUUUUAUGGAACUAGUUUUAGAACCCUCUGUUAUUCUAAUGCCCUGCUUAUUAUCUGGAAACAUUUGUGAAAUUUAAAAAUGAGUACUUU